CCUACUUGCCUGCACUCGGUUUCAAUUGCCGCUGCAUUCUCCAAUUCGUAUCCCGUUGAUAUCCCUGAUUCGCAUCCCAUUUGGUUCCAAGGCGAGAACUUUUUUCGCUAAAUCUCGAUGCGUGUUUAGCAGCUCCUCUGCAGAUCCUUUUCAGCUUCAAUUUGACGGAAAGCAACCAGCCGCGUGUCGUCGCCGCAACAGCAAAAAACCCUUGAAAAAACAAAAAAAGAGUGCCAAGUCGAUCAAAUAUCGACCUCUCCAUCGGCGACAGAAGCUCUUGCGACACGUCGCAUUGCAUCACCCUUUACCACUUCCUUCAUUCUCGUUGCCCACCACGGCCCUCGCCAAGACUCGUUCUUUGUUGCCCCUCACCUGCCUGCCGCUUGGGUGUUUCAAACUCGAUCUCCGAUAGCAUUGGCGCUCUAGCCUGAGUACACUUGGCCCAAAAUGUCAGCUCAUCGGCCGAAUGCUUUUAACAGCUUGCGGAUGGGAGAGGUGAUCCGCGAGAAAGUUCAAGAUGGUAUCACGGGCGAGACCAGAGACUUGCAGUACACGCAAUGCAAGAUCGUCGGAAAUGGUUCGUUCGGUGUCGUCUUUCAAACCAAGCUCUCACCAUCUGGCGAAGAUGCUGCCAUUAAGCGGGUUCUCCAGGACAAGCGUUUCAAGAAUCGCGAGCUCCAAAUCAUGAGAAUUGUCCGACAUCCCAAUAUUGUUCAGCUCAAGGCCUUUUACUACUCGAACGGCGAACGUAAGGACGAAGUUUACCUUAAUCUCGUUCAGGAGUUUGUUCCCGAGACCGUCUAUCGGGCCUCUCGCUUCUUUAACAAAAUGAAGACGACCAUGCCCACCUUGGAAGUCAAGCUGUACAUCUACCAACUCUUCCGAGCCCUGGCAUACAUCCACUCUCAAGGCAUCUGCCACAGAGACAUUAAGCCUCAAAACCUCUUGCUCGAUCCAAACAGCGGCAUUCUUAAGCUCUGCGAUUUUGGCAGUGCCAAGAUUCUGGUGGAGAAUGAGCCCAAUGUUUCGUACAUCUGCUCCCGAUACUAUCGUGCCCCAGAGCUCAUUUUUGGUGCUACCAACUACACCACCAAAAUUGACGUGUGGUCCACGGGAUGCGUCAUGGCUGAGCUGAUGCUUGGCCAGCCUCUGUUCCCCGGUGAAUCCGGUAUUGACCAGCUGGUCGAGAUUAUUAAGGUUCUCGGCACGCCAACCAGAGAGCAGAUUCGCACCAUGAAUCCCAACUACAUGGAGCACAAGUUCCCACAGAUCAAACCUCACCCCUUCAACAAGGUCUUCCGGAAGGCUGACGCCAAUGCGAUCGAUCUCAUCUCCCGAUUACUCGAGUAUACGCCGACCGAGCGUCAGGCUGCUGUCGAUGCCAUGGUGCAUCCUUUCUUCGACGAGCUUCGGGACCCGGCCACCAAGCUGCCUGAUUCGCGACAUGGCACUGGCCAGCUGCGAGACCUGCCCGAUCUCUUUGACUUUACCCACCAUGAACUCUCCAUCGCUCCGCACCUCAACCAACAGCUCGUACCACCGCACAUGAAGCCCAUCCUGGCGGCCCGAGGCCUUGACAUUGACAACUUCACGCCAAUGGCGAAGGCAGACAUGCUGGCAAAAUUGGACUGAGCCACACGGUGACCGAAUAGAGUUGGCAGAUUUCUGCUGCACUCUUGGAAGCACUUGGUGUCUCUGGGGAAACAACCCUGAUCUCUCCCCGUGUAGAGCUUGGGUUGGCGCCGAGGGUAAUGGCUCGCUACUGAACUUGGGCCGUGAUUGGGGAGAGGCGAUUGAGAUAUAGUCUCGAAAGCUUGCCGUGUGGAGCCCGCAAUGCUCAAUACUAGGGGACGGGGUGAGAUAGGUUUGUGCGGUGCGUUGUGGAGAGGAGAGCUUCGGACAUUGUCUCAAAAUUGGCAAAGGAAAGGAGGCGUUUUUUUGAUCCCCUAAAAAACUUGGUUUUCCGGGCGGGAACCUGGGCCACCCGCCAACACAAGGGAGGCUGCAUUGAUGCGUAUCACAGGAGAUCGCUUUUUUUAGACCACGUUUCGAUGCAUGACGGAGCUGGCUGUUGCUUCUUUUUGUUUUUCUUUUUCCUGUUGUCGUGUCAUGAAGCUCCGUGCUUAUGGAAAUGGAGGGGAUUAUCAAGUCGAUGGUAUCGGAUGUCGACCUCGUGCCUUAACAUGAGUGUCUCCUUUGUCGCCUUCUAUGCAUCGGCGUACAGUGGGAGAAGGAAAUCUGGGAGUGGGUGGAAAUGUUGAAAUUGCUGGACCAGAUUUGAUAAUUUGGAUCGUGGGAUAUAGAACCCCUGCAGCAAAGCCCGGAUGUCGCAGACAAUGGAUGGGGAAAAUGAGCUUUAGCGGGACAUUAGGACAGGCAUCGUUUAAACAGAUGAAAAAAAAGGAAUGGGAAGAUGGACUUUUACUACUACCAUGAGAGCGCUCAAGGAAACCCUCAUUGGUCCUAAUUUUUUUGGUGUGGUUAAAAUUAAGGGAACGAAAAUGAGCAAAGAUGUAUCACGAAAGUCAGGCAAACUGGUAGAGGAAUCAGAAAGAGGCUCAAUAAGAGCU